AUGAGCCCUUCUAUCCUCGCGCUUGAUGGGGGAGGAGUUAGAGGUGUUAUACCUUUGGAAUACCUUCUCCUGAUGGAGGAGCAUUUGCGGCCUUGUACUAUUCACGAUGUGGUGGACCUCGCUAUCGGCACAAGCUCAGGAGGGCUUAUUGCUCUGGGAUUAUUUGCAAUGUUGUGGGAUGUCGCAGAAUGCUCCGAGCGCUUCAAUACACUGGCGAACCAGAUUUUCAGGGAAAGACGACGGUCGAUUUUUCCCCUCCUUCAAAUUUCAGGCUACAAAUCGCUCCUUGGUGAAGUGACCAAAUGGUUUCAAUGGCUUCUCUACGACAGCUGUUAUGACUCACAAGUCUUCGAUGCUGCUCUGAAAGGCGCUUUCGGAGAAAAUCGCCUACUUUUUGGUGCUACACGGGAACGUUCUCCGGGUCAUAGACGGUCCGGCCUGAAGGUGGGAGUAAUUGCAACCAGCAUUUCUAGGAGCACGGGUGCAUUUGUCAUCGGAAACUUCAAUAUAUCUGAGGACUCGAAGAACAAAUAUGGCAAGUUAUACGUCACUAUGUUUUAG